AUGCUCAGCAACCGCUACUGCUCGAUCGUCUCCGUGGUGCUUGUCGGUCGCCAGGGCCCCACGGAGCUGGCGGCCGUUGGCCUGGCAGUGAGCCUCGCCAAUGUCUCGGGCUACAGCAUCCUCGUCGGUGUUGCCUCGACCCUGCAGACCACGGCCGGGCAAGCCUUCGGUGCGCGGAACUUCGCCGAGGUCUCGCUGAGCCUGCAGCGCUGCGGGCUUUUGUGCGGCGUCAUGUUCUGCGGCAUCGCGGUUCUGUGGAUGAACGCGGCGUGCCUGCUUCGCUUGGCUGGGCAGGAGCAGGACAUCGCCGCGAAGGCGGCGGAUUAUCUGGGGUGGCUGUUGCCUGGAGUUGCCUGCUACACGGUGACGCAGUGCCUGCAAAAUUGGUUGGCCGCACAGCGCGUGACCAGCCCGACGGGCUCUGGAGGCAUGCUCGUCGCCCUCGUGUACUUGCCACUCUGCUGGUCCAUAGUCCACCCGGCGGGGUUUGGUUUCGUCGGCGCUGCUGUGUCAACCUCGCUUGCCAAUUUCUUCCUGAUGUCGUGGAUCAUUUUCAGGACUCGGCGCUUGCUACGCACCAGUUUAGCGGACUCCUGGAAAGGCUUCUCGUGGGGCGCAUUCCGGGGCUGGUGCCCUUUCCUCCGCCUCGCGCUACCGAACUUCCUGAUGAUCUCCGAGUGGUGGGCAUCCGAGAUCACGGUGCUCCUCGCCGGCACGCUGCCGGAAGCGAAGUUCAGCUUGGCGGCUAUGUCUCUGAUGGCCACCACGGACUCCGUCUGUUUCAUGCCUCCCUUGUCCGUCGGCAUCGCCGCGAAUACCCGGGUGAGCAACGAGCUCGGCGCAGGCCAGCCCGCACGCGCCAAGCACGCGGCGUGCGUCUCGUGCUUGCUGGGCCUUGCGUGCGUGGCUGUUUUGUCGAUGGCCGUCGUCGCGGGCCGGCGCGCAUGGGCGCAGCUCUUCACCACCGACGUGGAGGUCAUAGAGCACGUGAUGCCGGUCUUGUCUAUUUCGGCUCUUUACGUGCUGGCUGAUGGCCUGGCUGCCAGCAUAGCAGGCUCACUCAAGGGCUGUGGGCGACAUGCGUUGCUGGCUCCCGUCAUUAUCGUGGCCUACUAUGCCGUUGGCCUGCCGGCGGCGGAGCUGUGGUCUGGCCACACGCUGGUCCUGUUCCUGCGCGCCCGCGAGGAGGGCGAGGAGGGCCCCCUGGAGCUCGGGCGCAUCGGCGACGCGGCGGGCCGGCCGGUGGACGCGAAGCUCGGAGGGGCGCUGAAGCAGUUUGUGGAGGAGGAGAGCUUCGAGGCGAAGGCCGCGUCCUGCAAGGUCGUGCAGGUCUUCGGCCAGGACGUGAAGCGCGUCGCGCUCGUCGGCCUCGGCGCCAAGGCCGACGACGUCGACUGGCGCGUCGCCGGCGCCGCAGCCGCAGGGGCGCUGCGGGAGCUCAAGGGCGGCUCCGUAGGCCUCGCCUGCGUCGACGGCGUGGAGGUGCGCGCGCUGCUGGAAGGCGUGAUGCUCGGGCUGCACAGCGACAAGCGAUUCCGCGGCACCAAGACCCCGGAGAAGGAGCGAAAGCAAGGCGGCCCCGAGACCGUGACCCUGCUCGGCGCCUUCCCCCCCGGCAGCGCCGCGGCUGCGGAGGAGGCGGCGGCAGUCGCGUCGGGCGUCAUCUUCGCGCGCGAGCUCGUGAACGGCUCCGCCAACGUAGUGAACCCAGGGACCUUGGCAGACGCGGCGGUGGACCUCGCCGGGCGGCUGGGCCUCACCGCGAAGGUGCUGGACAAGGAGGAGAGUGCGAGAAGAUGGGCAUGGGCUCCUUCCUGGCCGUCGGCGCAGCCUCGGACCCCCGAUCUGCCCCCGAAGCUCAUCCACCUCGUCUACACCGCAGAGGGCGAGGUGCAGCGCAAGGUCGGCAUCGUCGGCAAGGGCGUUACCUUCGACUCGGGCGGGUACAACCUGAAGGAGGGGGCGGGGGCGGGCUCGAUGAUCGAGAUGAUGAAGUUCGACAUGGGCGGGGCGGCCGCAACGCUCGGCGCGGCGGCGACCGUGGCGCAGCUGAAACCCAAGGGCGUGGAGGUGCACUUCGUCGUCGCCGCCUGUGAGAACAUGAUCAGCGGCAAGGAGGGCGUCCUGCGCCCGGGCGACAUCAUCACCGCCAUGGACGGCACCACGAUCGAGGUCAACAACACCGACGCCGAGGGCCGGCUGACGCUUGCGGACGCGCUGCUGUGCCGCCCCUUCCCGCGGG